GUCUCAUUGGACCUUCACGAUCCCUGAACUUAUAUCUAUCUAAAUAUGAGUUCUUCGACUCCAGUGGACCCCGAAGCUGAGGAAGUAUCAGGAAGAUGGACCUUACAGCAAUAUUUAUGUUUUCUGGGAGUUUACCUGGUAUCAGAAGACAGUGGCUUUUACUACGGCGACUCUCGGGCUGUGGAUGACCUCACGCGACGGCCAAUCGAGAACUGGACACCCAGGAUUGGAUACGAUACUUACUCUUCAUCUCGUGGUCUCCCUUCUGACGAUAAGAACGCAUGGGACAAAGCUUGUUCAUUCCUAACUCGGAGAUGUCCAUUGACGAUCACGAAAUCACAACUUCGCAGUCAACUCCAUUACCUUCUCGACGAACUGGGGCGUAUUAGUGGUGACAAUAAUAUUCAGAUGAUUGAGAGGAAUAGGAAGGAGAGACUUACUCCAAGUGACGCGGGUUUCACAGACGCAGGAAACUUCUUAGGCAUUGGUAUGUGUAUUGGGAUUUACGUCUAUUGUACGCCAGACUACCACAGAAGAGUUGACUAUGUGCGACUCGCGGAAAUUCUCAAUCGUUGUCCGGCAUUCUCCCAGAUGAACGUUACGUCAAAGCAAGUGGAAUAUCGUUUCGAUGAUGUCUGGCAUAUCAUCGGUAAAGAAACGGAGUCGACCUUGCUGCUACCAGCACCUUUACUUGGCAAGCGACCAUCUGCGCAGGAUUUGAAUUCAGACAGGACCAAGCAAUCAAGGUACGCCUAGCUGCUUAUUAUACCGUCUCUAAAGAUCAAUUUCUCGUUGUUAUGCUGUAUAAUAAUUUGGAUUUGGGAUAUUGAAAUGUAUUAAAUAUUGGAUUCGGACAACUA